AUGACAUUCACACGGCGCGAUUACGGCGAUAUGCCGUCAUCCGGACACACCGGACUCACAGAUGACGAAGUAUACGAAAUGCAGGAAGCGUUCAACCUAUUCGACACUAACGGAACGGCUAACAAAAAUGCAGGAACAAUCGACCCUAGGGAAAUCAAAUGCGCUAUGCAAAGCUUAGGGAUCGAUAAAAAGAAUCCUAUGGUAUUCCAAAUAGUGUCGGAUCUGGAGAAGAGUGGAUCCACGCAAAUAGACUUCAACGACUUCCUAGAUGCAAUCACACUCAAAUUAGGAAAUAGAGAUAGCAAAGAAGGAAUCAGAAGGAUAUUCAACCUUUUCGACCAUGACAACACGGGGUCAAUUUCAUUUAAAAACCUUAAAAAGGUGGCACACGAACUAGGAGAGUUCGUAUCUGACGAUGAACUCCGCGACAUGAUCAAUCGGGCAGACUCGAACGGAGAUGGAUUGCUCUCGUUCGAAGAUUUCUACAGUGUAAUGGCAAAACGACCAUUACCGUGA